AUGGCCUUUCAGAGCAAAGACAAAGCCAGCUUUCAGGAGAACCUACAAGGGCGUAGAGAAAUGAUGACGUACCCUGAAUGUAAAACAGAGGAUAGUAUCUGUGGAGGCCAGUGUGACCACCAGCAGAACAAUGAGGUUGUUUGCCAGGAAGAUGGAGAAAACCUCUGGGACGCUUUUGGGCUCCUGCAGAUUGAUACGGGCUGGGAACGCAUCAGUAGCCAGUUCCCAGGAAAUGAGACUGGGUGUUCGAGAAACGUUUUAAGGAAGCAGAGAAACUGGGAGAAGAUCAUUUCAGCGAAGAAGAAGAAACGGAAACACGAGAGAGAACGGCGAAGAGCCAGGCUUGCUGAAGAAAAAGAACCAGCCCCACAACUCAGUAAACGAGACUUAAAAGAGAUCACAAGAGAGCGCCUUCUGAGAGCCAAGGAGACAGGCCCUCAGUUGUGCGUUGACUUGAGUAUGACCAGUCACAUGAUUAAAAAGGAAAUAAGCCGCCUUGCUGGUCAGAUCAGAAGGCUCUAUGGGUCCAACAAGAAAUCCCGGAAGCCCUUUUGGCUAUACCUCACUGGGUUUGUGAAAAACAGUCCGAUUGCUGAAGAGUGCCUAAGGAUGAACGAUGGAUUCAGCAGUUACCUUAUGGAUGUUACGCCAGAAAGUUAUCUCGAUCUCUUUCCAUUAGAAACAAUUGUUUACCUCACUCCAGAUGCUGAGAAUGCUCUGCAGGAAGUCGAUCCGCACAAAGUAUAUAUCCUUGGUGGGUUGGUGGAUGAAAGCAUUCAAAAGCGAAUGACCUUCCAAAGUGCCCAAGAACAACAUCUACAGAUGGCGCGGCUGCCGAUCCAAGAGUACAUGGUAAAGAAAGUCAAUGCCAAAAACUAUUACUCGACAACUUUAGCGAUCAACCAAGUGUUUGAUGCCUUAUCAACAUACUAUGAGACCAAGAGCUGGGCAGAAGCCCUUAAAGUUGCGGUUUCUCCCGGGAAAGGCUACGUCCUUCGAGACACAACUCGGUGACAAAAGGA